UACGUAUAUGCAUUCGCUAUAUUUGCUUCCUUGAUGAGAGCAAUCACGUGAAUGGUGCUCUGAAACAAUGACAUUUAUGUUUAUCUGCUUUCUCGGAAAUGAUAUGGUGUCCUAUUGUUUCAUGAAAUGUUUUCUUGGAAUUGCAACCUUGGAGAAGGCUUAAAUAGAAAUCAAUUUGUAGACUUUGUUAUUGGUUGGAAGUAUGGAGGACCUAACAGUAUCAAUAAAAACUUCUUAUCUGAGAUCGAAGGAAACUGAUGAAAGCAGGUUGCGUAAAAAAGACCUUGUCGAAAGAAUUGAGUCGAUUGUACUCACAAAAUAUCCUAACAAUAAAGUUGUGGUGAUAGGAUCCUCCUCGAACGGUUUUGGGACAAAUUCCAGCGAUUUUGAUUUAACCAUCUUGCAUCUUCAGCGGUAUGGCAACCCGUUUGGAAUUACAAUUCUAAUUGACUUGGAAAAAGUGCUUAAGCAAGACAGAGAUACUUUCAAAGCGAUAGAGGUGAUCAGCGGAGCUAAAGUUCCUAUAAUUACUUUCGAGUAUGAACUUGGAUACUGCCGUUUCUCGUGUGACGUUAGCAUUGAUCGAUUGAAUAACGUCUUCAAUGCUGUGCUGCUAAAGGCGUAUACGGAAGUGGAUGAUCGAGUACAGCCUUUAACUCUUGGUUUGAAAAAAUGGGCACAUGCCGCGAAAAUCAUAGAUCCAAGAAAUUAUAAAAUUGGAAGUUUUACGCUAACGCUCAUGGUGAUUCAUUAUCUUCAGUGUGGAUGCUCCCCAAGUGUCCUCCCUUCACUCCAAAAGCUGCAUCCAAGCAUAUUUGAUACAUCAAAAGCACGUGAAUUAACCAGAUACAUAGAUGGUUCACUGCCUACCAUAGUGACAUCUUACGUCUCUGCCAACAAGCAAAGCAUCGGGGAGCUCUUUGUUGGGUUUUUUCAACAUUAUUCGAGUUUCAUUUGGCACAAUAGAGGCAUUUCCAUUAGAAGUGGCGAAAUGAUCUCCAGACCCAGAAAGAGAGGGUCGAACAACACAUGCAUAUAUGUUGAGGAUCCAUACGAAUUGAAUAGCAAUACCGCAAGAAGUGUUUUCCGGGAAAAUGUUUGGUCAGGAAUCAAAGAGAAAUUUUGCAAAGGCAAAACAUUGCUAGAGAACGGCGCUACCUUUGAAAGUCUUCUUGCUAACGCAUGAUAAUGUGCAUCAAUUAAAACUGAUUCAAGGUAUUUCACUCUGUCUGUGAUUAUAAGAGACUGCAGUCUUUAAAUAGAAGGCUUCAGCCAUGGUGAAUAGGCACCGCUGUCGCGUUGGGUGUAUGAGGGGUGUAUCAGCCCCUUAAAAACAUUCCAUUGCCAAAACGAGGGGUUUUUUGCCAUCAGGGGUGCAUAGUCGGGAAAUUAUUAAACUUACCGCCAAAUAAAGGAUGGCUCAGACACGUACAAGUACCUAGUUUAUUUUCUAAGGUAUUUCAUUAGUUGCCUAUACCCCUUUUUUCACCAUGACUCUACGCCUGUAACAAUUCAGCUUGAUAAUCAAAAAUAAAUCAAGAGCUUUUUAAAAUUGCAACUUUAAAAAUCGUUUUCUUUGCUAGUUUUAGAAUUUGAGUAGGUUUUUGCAUCUUGACUACAAUAAACUUUA